AUCAGAUAUACCGAUCUGAUUCUACCUAUCGAUGCACAGGGUAGCUUGCAACAAAAAUAUCGAUACGUUGGUGCGGCUAGCGGGUUUGGUAACACUGCAACUUCAUUUAUCUUAUUUCGUAAUUUAGGCCAUAUAUCAAAGAAUUAAGAUAAGAUCAAGAGCACACACCUUCUCAAAUGACUUCGCAAAUCUACAGCCAAAAGAAGUUCAUACCCACGCCGCCGGAGAAGGGCUCCUUUCCACUGGAUCACGAGGGCCUCUGCAAGAAGCAAUUUCUUCAAUACGCGAGCUGCCUGCGGCGUAACGCCCAGGACACGAGCCAGUGCCGCGAGGACGCCCAAAACUAUCUUGCUUGUCGCAUGGACAACAAUCUUAUGGAAAAAACCGAAUGGUCAAAGUUGGGCUUUCACGACAAGAAACCGGCGACGGAGGAAGACAAGCAACAAUGAAACCCGAACGCAAUGUGAUUAUAGCAGCCACAGGUAGCGUGGCUACCAUCAAGUUAGCACAAAUGAUAGCAGAACUCUCCGAUGAGCGGCUG